CCGUUGAGUGCGGACUGACACCGAACACCUGGCCGGCUACCUAGCGAAAAAUAAGAGUUAUUCUUUCAUUCUCUCGGGUUUUCAUUUGUUUGUUUGUUUGUUUUUUAACAAAACAUAGACAUUUUCUCCAAGGUUCUUAUGAAUGGAACGGUUUCCACGAACAUCAGCCAUGAUCAACCGGGUUUUCCAUAUUCUGCAUUUAUUUCUGAUGCUGGAGACCAGCUGGGGUACGCUCGUAUCUGGGGAUCUGGAUGAAGCCGUGCGUCAGGGUGCCGAUGUUGUACCCGGUGUAGAAAAGUACGUCUUUGCGCACGAAAUCGCAAACCGUGAUAUGGUCUCCAUCAAUAUGUUCAAAGUGUAUGAGAGGUACAGCAAAGAGCCGCAGAGCCACAGAGAUGGAAACACUGUGAGAAGUUUUAAAGCUGUCCAGAGAGUUCUGCACGGUAAAGAAGUGCUCCAGUUCAACUUGUCUUCCAUCCAAGAGUCAGAGGUCAUCCUCUCUGCCUCUUUUCACUUCCUUUACAAGCGCCACCACCAGCGACUGUGGCAUUUCCGAAGGCCCCGCCACCCAUCCAGCAGCUUCCAGCAUCUCCAUCCUCCCUCCCCGCAGCUCCUCUUCCACGGAUCAUCACCAAACACAGCUUUUGCACGACUGCUGGGAAACAUAACUCUGGCUCCUUUCAAGAAAGGCUCUUGGCAAACACGGGAUGUCACAGCAGUGUUGAAACAUGCCAAAGAUGUCAAAGAGCUUGUGGUAACAGUGGAGUUUGAUAUGGGGUUUAGGGAGCCUUGGGCACAUCAGAAGCGCUCUCAUGGGCAAGAGCAUUUCUCUCCUGCCAGCCUGCCGUAUAUCUUGGUAUAUGCAGAAGAUCAAGUUAUAGAUGAGCCAAACAGUGUGGCCAUGUCACUUCAGCGGUAUGGGCCUUUCCAUGUAGGAGAUGACGCAUCCUCCUCUACCUCAGCCUCAAGAAUCAAGAGGGAACUUCAUCUUGAGAUCCAAACCAAUGACAUCCCAGAAGUCCAGUUCAGCACUUUGAAGAAUCAUGAACUGUGGCAGAACACAUAUUACCCGGCAAAAGCCAAAGCAGCAGUCAAGUUGGUAAGGAGGCAGGGCCAGGAGAACAGCAAGGGCCUGAGUAGACCCCAGGUGCUGAGCUUUGAUGAGCAGACAAUGAAGAAGGCCAGGAGGAGACAGUGGAGCGAGCCCAGGGUUUGCUCCAGGAGGUACCUCAGGGUGGACUUUGCUGAUAUCGGUUGGAGUGAGUGGGUUUUGGCACCAAAGUCAUUCGAUGCCUACUACUGUGCUGGGACAUGUGGAUUCCCCAUCCCUAAAGUGGUACGGCCCUCAAAUCAUGCCACCAUCCAAAGCAUCGUCAGAGCUGUGGGAAUUAUACCUGGCAUUCCCGAACCGUGCUGUGUUCCCGAAAAGAUGAGCCCUCUCAGUGUACUUUUCCUCGAUCCAAACAGGAAUAUGGUUCUAAAGAUUUACCCUGGCAUGUCUGUGGAUAGCUGUGCAUGUCGAUAGGAAUGGAGACACCAUCAGCGACAAUGAAAAGGACAUUAAUGUAGACUCAGCACAUAAUAGGAGGGCAUAGUUCAGAUCAAAGAGCACAAACACGGUGAGAACAGCUGAGUACAAACUAUACCUACAGCUACAGUUCUUGUGCCUCUCUUCUCUGUUUUCUUGGAUUUGGAUGUGGACAGAUUUCAUAGACGUGUUUUUCUUCACCUGGGCCAACUUCACUAAUUCUUCCCCCUUAUCCAAAAGCAGGGUAAAGUGUACUUAUACACACCUAUGUAUGUACUGUAGUAGUCCUAAAGUUUCAAUGCAUUGACUGACUGUACGAUGAAGUAGAAAUCUCCUGCAGAUUGAUCGUCACCUCUCAUAAGCUUUUCGGUCCUUUAUCAGCACAUUAUUCAUAUUUUGCCCAUCUAAAUAUUGAACAAGAUUUUAUUUUCUCUAAUCUGAGCCUGGACUCACACUUGGUUUUGGAAUUGGAUCCUUCUCAAUUAAGCUCAGUGUGUGAGUUUUAGCCAUUUCUGAACCCAUCAGGACCUUCUUUUGUCUGUGCUGUCUUUGAGACUUCAGAACUGAAGUUUGGACAAAUGGAUCAACUGCACAUUAACUGGCAAACCCAGGAAGGGUUUGGACACAGAGUCUGCAUGGCAGCACAUUCACAUGCUACCAAAUUAACCAGCCCUGUAAAUAAAUACUCUAAAACAAACAAAACUGUGCUUAUGUGAGAGACACUUUAAUAUCAUCGAAUGGCACCCAUAUAUUAAUAAGAAAUGUUAUUCAUGCAUGAGAGGUAAUAUCAUCUUUGAACUAGAUUUCAUCAGCCAUUUGUUUAUAUCUUGUAUAUACGGUAGCAGCAAAGAGAAAAUGAAUGAUGCAUUGCUGCCACCUGCUGUGCAUUUUUGGGAAAGAUUAAUGGAUUUAAACAUUUUAACUCAAAGUUAAAGUCCUUCUUCAGUUUUUCCCUUUAAUAUUAUAUAUUCAAAAUAACAUGUACAGUUUGUAUUAUGUACAGUAAUGACAGCAAGUUUCCAUUCUAACUAAAAUGGAUAAAUGUAUCCACCUUUUUAUAAGUAAACACACAUACAUAUGGCUUAAAUGUCAUUAAUUAAUAGCAUAAUGGGUACUUUA